UCACUAACCACCCCAAACCCUAAACCGCACUCUUACACUCUGCACUCUUUUUUGUCGCUUUCCUGGAAAAUCAUUCCCAUUUUUCCCGGAAAAUUCGUUCCCCAAUCUCUUCUUACCGCACACUCCAAGGUUCUACUCCAUCUUCAACAAUUCUCAGUUCCGCUGUUUGCUUGCUCAAGUUAGAGCGUUGAAACGAUGGCGGAAGAUAACUUCUCGAAUGGUGUCGAUGAACGGUCGAGGAUCGAGGCUUUGGAGAGGGAGAGGGAUGAGCUUGCAAGCGAGAGCGCGGAGAGGAAGGAGCAGAUCAAGAAGCUCGUGAUGGAGAACGAAGGACUCCGCAGCGACGGCGAUGAGAUGAGAGAGAAGGUUCUCGCGAUGGAGAAGGAGUUGGAGCAGUCGCGCGAUGCAACUAAGGUCGCAAGUGCGAUCGCCGCGAGGGCGGCGGAGCUGGAGACAGAGUUGGCGAGGCUCCAACAUGACACCAUAUCGGAUAUUAGCGCCGCCGAGGAGUUGGCGGCUGAGGCCGCUGAGCUCAGGAAGCUGCUAUCGGAGAACGAAUCCAAGGUGGAAUUGCUGAAGAAGGACAAAUCUGAGAGUGAAGAGAAAAUUAGGGAUUUGGAGAAGAAAAUUGGGGCUCUGGAGAAAAAAGAUAUUGAUGAGAGGAACAAGUGGACUAGGGUUGAGGAGGAGUUGAGGGAGAAGAUUCAAGAGAAGGAAAAGGAGGUUUUGGAAUUAGGGCAGAAGAUUAAGGAAGUGGAGAACUUUGCAAAGUCGAAGAGCUCGGAUAUGGAGGAGUGGGUUAAGGAGAAACUGAGCUUGCAGGAGGCACUGAAGAAGUCUGAGGAGAGAGAAAAGAGCUUGGAAUUGUUUGUUGCUCGGUUGAAGGAAGAAGCAGGGGUGGCUGAGAAUGUGAUCAGAGGACUGAACCAGAAGGUUGAUACUGUGAAUGGUGGAGUGAAAGGAAAUGGGGUUAUUGCUAGGGAUGGGAAAGGGGUGAAGGGUUUGAAUGUUCAGUGGCCUAUGGUGGCAGCUGGUUCUACUGUUGUUGCAGCUGCUGCUGUGAUCUGUGUCUUCUAUGGAAAACGUAGGUGAGAAGAAAAAGGAUUAGAAUUUGAAUGAUGCGGGAGGGUUCUAGAGGUUAGGUUUUAUGUUACUAGGGUUUAUGUUUACAAAAAAAAAUGUGUUUCAAUUUUGGUUGAUCCAUGAAAAUAAUGACGAUGAUGGUUUCUUAUAUGGCUUAAUGUUUAUCAAGCCUGUGAAUUUUGAUUUCUUGUUGAAAAGUUGGAAUACUUGUUGGUUGUUAGCACUUUUUUCUGAGGAAUUAAAACAGAAUUGUGUGUUGAGCAAUGCUCUGUUAAAUGCAGAUGCUAGGUUUUGUCUUUUUGUACUGAUUAUGAGUCUAAUAUAGUUCAUUUUGAAGUUUGGAUCUAA